AUGGAGUCUCUGUCCAUGAGCAGCAGCAGCAGAACUCCAGUAUUCAUCACCUCUUCCUCUUCUUCACACUUCCUGACUCCUCUGAGGAACGGCUACGGUGCAGCCUCCGGCCCCUCCGGCCCCUCCACCCCCUCCGGCCCCUCUGCCCUGCCCACCAUCACCAUCCUGGGCUCGGGGGACUUCUCCAGAGCGCUGGCCCUGCGCCUGCUGCGGGGGGGCUUUCAUGUGGUGGUGGGGAGCCGCAGACCGAAGCAGGCGGCUCACUGCUUCCCCCAUGUGGUGGACGUGACGCACUACGAGGACGCCGUGGGGAAGGCCAACAUGGUGUUCCUAGCCAUCCGCAGGGAGCACUAUUCUGUGCUGUGGGACCUCAAGCACCUGCUGGAGGGGAAGAUUCUGGUGGAUGUGAGUAACAACAGGAGAGUGAACCAGUACCCCGAGUCCAACGCAGAGUACCUGUCCUCUCUGCUGCCCUCCUGCACUGUGGUCAAAGGCUUCAACGUCAUCUCCGCCUGGGCCAUGCAGCAGAGCUACCCCCUGGAUGCCAGCACUCACGUGUAUAUCUGCAGUGACAGCGUGUGGGCGCGGCAGCAGGUGAUGGAACUGGCGCGCCUGCUGCACUUCCGGCCUGUGGACAUGGGGCCCCUGAGCUGGUCCCGGGACAUCGAGACCAUGCCCCUGCGCCUCUUCCCCGGCUGGAGGGGCCCCGUGCUGGCCGCUGUGGCUCUCUCCAUCUUCUUCUUCUCCUACUCCUUCGUGCGGGACGUCAUCCACCCGUACGUCCAGUCCCGACAGAGCGACUUCUACAAGAUCCCCAUGGAGGUGGUGAACCGCACGCUGCCCGCGGUGGCCAUCACGCUGCUGGCUCUGGUGUACCUGGCGGGGCAGGUGGCGGCGGGGCAUCAGUUGUAUUAUGGGACUAAAUACCGGCAGUUUCCGGGCUGGCUGGAGGGCUGGCUGCGCAGUCGCAAACAGCUUGGUCUGCUCAGCUUUUUCCUGGCUGCGGUGCACGUGCUCUACAGCCUGUGUCUGCCCAUGAGGAGGUCUGAGAGGUACCAGCUGCUCAACACCGCCUACCAACAGGUCCAUGCAGAGGUGGAAAGCACAUGGAAUGAGGAGGAGGUGUGGCGUGUGGAGAUGUACGUGUCCUUUGGGGUUAUGAGUCUGGGUCUGCUGUCUCUUCUUGCUGUUACGUCCCUGCCCUCUGUCCACAGCGCCCUCAACUGGAGGGAGUUCAGCUUCAUACAGUCGACGCUGGGCUACAUCGCUCUGCUCAUAGCCACUCUGCACGGGCUGCUGUUCGGUUGGAGGAGGGCCUUCCAGUGGGACUUGUACCGCUUCUACCUGCCCCCCAGCUUCGUGCCCGCUCUGGCCCUGCCCGUGUGCGUGGUGCUGGGCAAACUGCUGCUGCUGCUGCCCUGCCUGGCCCGCAGGCUGCACCUGAUCCGUAGGGGGCGGGACAGCCGACAGGAUGGCCCCUCGCGCCUGGAGCCUGUGGGGGCCGCUGUGUCCCCAGAGAGGGUUACCAUCAUGUGA